CCGCUGCCCUUCCCCGGCCGCAGCGCAGCCGCCUCUCACCCCUCCCUGCUGAUGACACGGGCCCGGUAGGAGGGAUAGCAGAAGGCGGUGCCUCCUCCUCCCCUGCACCGGAGCUCUCCUGGGCAGGAGCCUUGUGAUGGAGAGCCUCCCUGCGGUGUGCGCCCGGUGAUGGAGCCUCCCGGAUGGCCAAAGCGACCAGCAGCGGCGGCGGCGGCGGCGGGGGGAUCUCCGGGGGACCGGGGGAGCUGUCCCUGGAGCAGGUGCUGAAAUCCUACGAGCAGCCCAUCAACGAGGAGCAGGCGUGGGCCGUGUGCUACCAGUGUGCCCGGGGGCUGGCCGAGGGGUCCCGGGGGGCCGCCAGCAGCAGGAUCCGGGAUCCAGCCUCGCUUCUCCUGCACCGGGAUGGGACGGUCACGGUGCUGCCGGAGCCCAGGGGGUCUCCGGAGAGCGUCCCCCUUCCAUCACUCACAGAGACACAGAUGGUGCAAUGCCUGGGAUUUGCCAUAUACCGGGCCCUGGACUGGGGUCUGGAUGAGAGUGAGGAACGAGAGCUCAGCCCCCAGCUGGAGCACCUCAUUGACCUCAUGGCUGCCAGUGACUCAGAGGGGGGCUUGACAGAUGAGGGGUAUGAGGGAAUCGAGGAUGAGGAUGAUGAAGGCCCCCCAAAGGUGGUACGCAGCUUCUCAGCAGUCCUGCGCUUCUGUGCUGUCCAUCUGCCAGAGCCCCAGGAAGCUCCCGUCCACUACCAGGCGGUUUGCAGGGCUCUUUUUGCAGAGACGGUGGAACUUCAAGCUUUCCUCCACAAAAUCCGGGAGGCCAAAGAGAUGCUGAUGAAGAUGCACGUGGAGGAGACAGAACCGGAUGGUCUUGUGAACCUGCAGAACACAGACUGGGCACGUCUGUGGGUGCAGCUGAUGAGAGAUCUGCGACACGGGGUCCAGCUGAAGAAGGUUCGGGAGAAGACCUUUAAUUCUUUGCCUACCGAGUACCAGCUUACCCCGUUUGAGAUGCUCAUGCAAGACAUCCGGGCACGAAACUACAAACUGCGCAAGGUCACGGUAGGGGGCGAUAUUCCUCCAAUGGUCAAGAAGGACGCACAUGAAUUAAUCCUGGACUUUAUAAGGUCUCGCCCUCCUCUGAAGCCGGUUUCCAAAAGGAAUCUCCCUCCGCUGCCCCAAGUGCAGAAAACGCUCCACGAAAAGAUUCUGGAGGAGAUUAAACAAGAACCCAAACUGCGCCCUGUGGAGACACCGAGAAGAGGACAGAAAGGCUUCGGAUCACUCCCAUGUAUCGUGGAUGCGUAUUCCAGUGACAUAAAGUCAACAUCUUGCAUUAACCUGUCCACUCCGGAAUCAGGAGCCCCCCGCCCACGGUCCCGGAUCCUACUCAAAGCCCCCACGCUGGCGGAGAUGGAGGAGAUGAAUCUAUCGGAGGAAGAUGACUCCCCCAAUUCUGAGCUGCGGAGAGUAACCAGUGCCCCGUUGCCGCUGAAACGUGACCGCUCUUUCUCGGAGCAGGACUUGGCGCAGCUGCAGAGUGAGAUGGGGCACAAGCCGCAACGGGGGACACCUCAGAGACCGGAGGAACCAGAGUCCCGGGCUCGCUCCGGCAGCAUGAACUUCCCGCACAGGCCUCUGAACCGAAACCUGAUGGGCCAUUCGGCAUAUGGCAGUUCCGGCACUCCGUCUCCUAGCCGUGGCUCCCUCAGCUCUGUGCAAGAGAGGGCAGAACCAGGGCCGGCCACGGACAGCAGCUCCAGGCAUCGGUGGCUGGAGUUCAGCCACCCAGUGGACACGUUGGCUUUGACAGUAGAGGAGGUUAUAAACGUGCGCAAGGUGCUGGUGAAGGCUGAGAUGGAGAAGUUCCUGCAGAGCAAAGAGCUGUACACAAACAUGAAAAAAGGAAAGGUCUGCUGCUGUUGCCGUACGAAGUUCCCCCUCUUCUCUUGGCCGGCUACCUGUCUGUUCUGUAAAAGGUCGGCUUGUGGCUCCUGCAGUGUCAAGAUGAAGCUUCCUGCUAAGAAGCUGGGGCAUAUUCCAGUCUACAGCGUGGGGUUCGAAUGUCCCCUGGGAGUGAUCGACACAAGUGGAAAUUCCCACAAAAAGAAAGACGCCUUCCAAUCCUGCAGCGGCCUGUCCUGGAAGAAUGUAGAGGGCCAGUUCCCCCAUAUCUACGCUCAGGGUUCUGCCCUGAAGGACGUGUGCUCGGACUGCGCCAGCUUCAUCCGCGACGUGAUCUGUUCCAGCCGCAAGAGCGUAGACAUCUUGAACACCAGGCCCCGGGCAGGAGGCUCUCAGCCACAGUAUCGGACAGUAAAGAAACUGUGACCCACACCGCAUCUUCCCCGCAAGCGCCACGCGCCCUCUCUCCACCACCACUUCCUCCUACCGGUAUACAGGUCCCACGGACAGGGCAUGUUAACCCUUUCUCCGCCAAGCUCUUGCAACACUUUCUGCAUACCUUGCUCGGCUUUCCCUGGAAUGAGAUUUCUCUGUGCUGAAGUUAAGCAGAGGAGGAGCUAAUCGUCCAGGUCCAGCCAUGGUCCGCCGAGCGUUUUGGUCAUAGUCGCUAUCUUCACGCAGCAAGAAUUCGUUGCCUUAUUUUGGAGUGUUACGGGACCAGUAUUAGAAUACGGUCCUACAAAGCGUUUACAGUGUGAUAGGACUACGU